AUGGCGGUGGAGAGCUGUCCAAGGGAGAAGGCCAGGCAGGGUCCUAAGCCUGGGGAGCAGAGACAGAGGGGCCCCGGGACCCCAAAAGACAGAGGAGAGCAGGCCAUCUGGAGCAGCCAAGUCACCCCUCCUGCCCACGGGAAAUCGGGGCUGAUUCUAUUCCUGUUAGCGUGGGCAUCCUUGGACCGGGCCCUCCCGGCCCCCACCCAGCCCGUCUGCGACCAGAGUGUCAUGAACAAGUUCAUUCAAGACGCCGGCAAGAUGGAGAAGGACAUUGUGGACCUUUGCGAAGACGCCUGCAACUUACCCGAACAUGUGACGGUCUCAGACACCCGGGUGAAUUUUCCAGACUGGCGAGCAAUGGACAGGUCCAGGCAGGCCUCGGAGGUGUGGUGGGGCCAGGCGCUUCUGUCCAGGGCCGUCGGCCAAGUCAAAACCCAGCAGCCCCGGAUGCAGCCUUUCCUUCGUCAGCUGGAAGUGAUGGAGAGCGGUUUGAGAAGCAUCCGUGAGAUUCUGCGCGGGCACAACGCCCAGGCCGGCCCCCAGGAGGAGCCCCUCCCUCGGACGUUGAGUGUGCAAACGGUGCAAAAGCUCUUCAGCGUUUAUUCCAGUUUCCUGCGCGGGAAGGUCAACUUAUUCCUCGCCAGCGUGUGCCAGGAGAGUGGCAGGUGACCGGGAGGGUGGGCCGCUGGCCACUCGGCGUGCCUCCCUUACCACAGGGAGGGGGAAGCCCCUCGGAGGCCAGGCGACGAUGAGAGACCGCUUGCUUCGUUGGCUGCUUGAAAGACACCAGCACACAUACAAACAUACAUCGCACCCUGGCACCUGGGGCUGUGAGGACGGCAACGCUCCCUUCCACACUCUGCAUCUGCACCAAGAAGCCCCCCUCCAUGAGAGUCACUUCUGCAUGCUUCUAGGUGUCACUGGGAGCGAAGGGGACGAGACGGGGCCUCCGCUUGAGAGUCGCUUCUUCCGCCGCAAGACGGUGCGAGGGGACGAUGUGCAGCUCCUCCAGGUCAAAGGAAGCAGGAAUGGGGGUCUGGGGUCUCCCCCAAAGCCGACC